AUGGCACCCAUAAGACGCUACCUCCGCAUAAGCAAAUACUCUGUCCUCGAGUGCCGCAUCUUCCUCGAAAACCCAUCGGAUGCGCGAUGGCUUCUAGACACUACUUCUCGCGAUCCCGUCCUACCGCGGAUUUUUAAUACCAUAAAACCGCUCGUGUUACCAAAGUUGCGGGAAGAGAAUGAGCGCACAUUGGCGAAGAAGAAGAGUAAUCCUGUUAAGGAUGUUUUGGUUGAGGAUGAUUUUGAAGUUUCUAUAUUCUUGCGCGAGUCUGGAACGAGGCAUUCUUUGCUUACGAAGCAAAAGACGUUUGGAAAUAAGCAGAGAAUGAAAAGUAACUCGAAUAAACUUACGGGAUCAACGGCGGAGAUUCUCGUGGAAAGCGAUGAUGAAGAUGUCAAUGAGCGAACCGGUAUUACUAUGAGUGAUAUUCCCGAAGUAGCUGAUUCGGAAGAUGAAGAAGCAGACUCAGAAAAACGGACUGAGAAGGCUGCUGUAGAGGCAACGGAUAAUCACGAUGAUAAAAAGCUUCAACUUACGACGAGUUAUGAGGGUUUUGGUAUCUGGGGAUGGGUUCUGUGUCUGCUCGUGACGCGAAAAGGUCACAAGAGUCGUAAAGGAGCGGAUAGUGGCUCUGGCGCGGCUACUUCUGGGCAGGCUUUGAUGGAGGAAUGGAUCGGGACGCAGAUGCAGCCGGCUCUUGAUGAGGAUUAG